AUGCUCUCAGUCUCACGUCUCCUGCUGAGUUCCAGCGGCAAGGUGGAUCGUAGGAAACUGUGGCAGGAAGCCGAGGAGCUGACACGGGACAUUGUCGAGACGUAUUUAGAUCACCCAAUGUCGCCGGAGAAACCACCAUGGACUGAGCAGGAGCACCGGUUCGCGCUUUGGACGCCGGGGCCAUCGGUGUCGACGACGGACUUUUUCGCGGUUGGCGGUGAUUCCAUCGUCCGUCAUGCGUCAGCUCACCUUAUGUCGGAACCGUGA